AUGAUUGAAAAUGAUAAUUUAAAUCUAAAUAAUGAUGAACUUGAACCAGAACAAAAACGUAAAGUUUUUAUUGGAAGUUUAUCAUAUCGUAUUGAUGAAAAUACAUUUCGUGAUUAUUGGACACAAUUUGGUACAGUUUUAAAUUCAACAAUUUUACGUGAUCGAGAAGGUCAUUCACGUGGUUUUGGCUUUGUUACAUUUGAUAAUUCAGCAAGUGUUGAUGCUGUUAUGAAAGCAAGACCACAUACACUUGAUAAUCGAGUUGUAGAACCAAAACGAGCAGUACCACGUGAAGCAUCGCAUAAACCAGAUAUGCAAUUAGCAAUAAAAAAACUUUAUUUAGGUGGUAUCAAAGAACCAUUAACAGAAGAUGAUCUUAAAGAUUAUUUUUCUAAAUAUGGAAAUAUUAUAAAUGUAACUGUUACAAAAGAUCGUGAUGGUAAAUAUCGUGGUUAUGGUUUUAUUGAAUUUGAUGAUUAUGAUUCAGUUGAUAAAAUAAUCCUUGAAAAAAAUCAUAUUGUAUCUGGUCAUCAAAUAGAUGUUCAAAAAGCACAAUCAAAAGAUAAUGCACAACGUUCAGGUGGUAAUAUACGAUCUCGACCAGGUCCAUCAUCAUCCAUGUCACGACCUAAUUAUAAUAGAGGUUAUAAUAAUUAUCAACAAAAUAGAUUUAAUGAUUCAUAUGGACAAAUGUCUAAUAAUAAUUAUAGUGGAUAUAAUUCAAAUUUUAAUGAAGGAAAUAAUAAUAGACCUACAUUUGGUCAAGGAUAUAAUCAAGAUAGUGCUAGAGGAGCAAUGCGACGAGGAAAUAUGAGAGGUGGUGGUAGUGAUCGUAAUUAUACACCAUAUAAUCGUGGUGCACGCGGUGGACGUGGUGGUGGUAACAAUCAAGGUCCAUCAUCAUGGACUUCAUGGGAUUAA